AUGGCUAGACUUUGUCUCACCUCUCAUGUUGUCCGGAGGAACCAUUCCUUGGAGAAGAAAGUCAUGUGUGGAGGUGACUUUGAUCCAGAGACUUCUCCCAGCCUCACCCCUGGUCAUGGUGGUGACUUCCCUGUUAGCAGCCUUCCUGUAGCCGAAGAUACCUAUAGAGUGAGCUUGGCCAAAGGUGUGUCUAUGUCUCUGCCUUCAUCACCCUUGCUGCCUCGACAGUCUAACUUGGUGCAAUCAAGAUCAAACAAGAAAUCACCAGGUCCUGUCAGGAAGCCUAAGUAUGUGGAAAGCCCCAGAGUGCCUGGAGAUGCAGUUAUAAUCCCGUUCAGAGAAGUGUCCAAGCCAACAGAGCCCAAUGAGAAUGAAGCAAAGGCCGAUAAUGAACCGAGCUGCUCACCAGCAACUCAAGAACUGUUGACAAGGCUGGGAUUUUUACUGGGAGAAGGGAUCCCGAGUGCCACACACAUAACCAUUGAAGAAAAAAAUGAAACCAUGUGCACAGCUCCUAGCCAAGGCAUCAGUCCUUGCUCCACACUAACAAGCAGCACCGCAUCUCCUAGCACCGAUAGCCCCUGCUCCACCUUGAAUAGCUGUGUCAGCAAGACGGCAGCCAACAAAAGUCCCUGUGAGACUAUUAGCAGCCCUAGUUCCACCCUGGAAAGCAAGGACAGUGGAAUUAUAGCCACAAUUACAAGUUCAUCCGAAAAUGAUGACCGGAGUGGGUCCAGUCUGGAAUGGAGUAAAGAUGGAAGCCUAAGGUUGGGGGUUCAGAAGGGAGUCCUUCAUGAUCGCAGGGCAGAUAAUUGCUCCCCGGUGGCAGAAGAGGAGACCACUGGGUCAGCAGAGAGCUUGUUGCCCAAAGCUGAAGCCUCAGUUGGAGAUGGUCCAGUCCCUUAUUCUCAGAGCUCCAGCUCACUAAUAAUGCCACGGCCCAACUCAGUUGCAGCAACGAGCUCAACCAAAUUGGAAGAUCUGAGUUACUUAGAUGGGCAGCGAAAUGCUCCUCUUCGAACGUCCAUUAGAUUACCAUGGCACAAUACGGCAGGAGGUAGGGCGCAGGAAGUUAAAGGACGAUUUACUCCCUACAAGCCACAAGACAUUUUGUUGAAACCCUUGUUGUUUGAAGUACCAAGUAUAACGACAGACUCUGUGUUUGUGGGAAGGGAUUGGCUUUUUCACCAGAUAGAAGAAAACUUGAGGAACACAGAACUUGCAGAAAAUAGAGGAGCAGUCGUUGUUGGCAAUGUGGGAUUUGGGAAGACGGCGAUCAUUUCUAAGUUGGUAGCACUUAGCUGCCACGGAAGCCGCAUGAGGCAGAUUGCUUCCAACAGCCCCAGUUCAUCACCUAAACCUUCAGAUCCUUCCCAGGAUCUCCCUUUCAAAACUCCAUUGCUUUCACCUGGUUCUUCCACAAGUGGUAUCCACACAGCCAAAACACUGUCUGGGUCUGGUACUCCUGAAAACCAGAGACCGAAAGAAGAUGCAGUGAAAUACCUUGCUUCUAAGGUCGUGGCCUACCACUACUGCCAGGCUGACAACACGUACACAUGCUUGGUGCCCGAGUUUGUGCACAGCAUCGCAGCUUUGCUCUGCCGGUCCCAUCAGCUUGCUGCCUACAGAGACCUUCUGAUCAAGGAGCCCCAGCUCCAGAGCAUGCUGAGCCUGCGAUCCUGUGUGCAGGACCCUGUGGCAGCUUUCAAGAGGGGCGUGCUGGAGCCACUCACAAACCUGAGACACGAGCAGAAAAUUCCUGAAGAAGAAUACAUUAUUUUGAUAGAUGGCUUAAAUGAAGCUGAGUUUCAUAAACCUGAUUAUGGAGAUACACUUUCUUCAUUUAUUACCAAAAUUAUUUCUAAAUUUCCUGCCUGGUUGAAGUUGAUUGUGACUGUAAGAGCAAAUUUUCAGGAAAUCAUCAGUGCACUGCCAUUCAUCAAGCUUUCCUUAGAUGACUUCCCAGACAACAAAGACAUUCACAGUGACCUGCAUGCCUAUGUCCAGCACAGGGUCCACAGCAGCCAGGACAUCCUCAGCAACAUCUCUCUGAAUGGCAAAGCUGAUGCCGCCCUCAUCGGCAAAGUGAGCAGCCACUUGGUGCUGCGGAGCCUUGGCUCCUACCUGUACUUGAAGCUCACCUUGGACCUCUUCCAGAGGGGACACUUGGUCAUUAAAAGUGCCAGCUACAAGGUCGUGCCCGUGUCUCUGUCUGAGCUAUACUUGCUGCAGUGCAACAUGAAGUUCAUGACCCAGUCUGCCUUUGAGAGAGCACUUCCGAUUUUAAACGUGGCUCUCGCCUCUCUCCACCCCAUGACGGACGAGCAGAUUUUCCAAGCCAUUAAUGCUGGCCACGUUCAAGGAGAGCAGGGGUGGGAAGACUUUCAGCAGAGAAUGGAUGCCCUCUCCUGCUUCCUCAUUAAGCGGCGAGACAGAACCCGCAUGUUCUGCCACCCGUCCUUCAGGGAGUGGCUGGUGUGGAGAGCAGAUGGUGAAAACACAGCCUUCCUGUGUGAGCCCAGGAAUGGGCAUGCUCUUCUGGCAUUCAUGUUCUCACGACAGGAGGGCAAGCUGAACCGCCAGCAGACCAUGGAGCUUGGCCACCACAUCCUCAAGGCACACAUUUUCAAGGGCCUCAGUAAGAAGACAGGAAUCUCUUCAAGCCAUCUCCAAGCCUUGUGGAUUGGUUACAGCACAGAAGGGCUAUCUGCUGCCCUCGCCUCUCUCAGGAACCUUUACACUCCCAAUGUGAAGGUGAGCCGUCUCCUGAUCUUGGGUGGAGCCAAUGUGAACUACAGGACAGAAGUGUUAAACAAUGCCCCUAUCCUGUGUGUCCAGUCUCACCUUGGUCAUGAGGAAGUUGUCACUCUGCUCCUGGAAUUUGGUGCCUCCCUGGAUGGAAUGUCAGAGAAUGGCAUGACUGCCCUCUGCUAUGCAGCAGCUGCCGGCCACAUGAAGCUGGUGUGUCUGCUGGCCAAGAAAGGGGCCAGGGUGGACCACUUGGAUAAGAAAGGCCAGUGUGCGCUUGUACACAGUGCGUUGAGGGGCCACGGUGACAUUCUCCAGUUCCUGCUGACCUGUGAGUGGUUGGAGGGUCCCCAGCAGCCAGGAGCACUGAAGAAGAGCCAAGCCCUGCAGCAGGCACUGACAGCAGCUGCCAGCAUGGGCCAUAGCUCGGUAGUCCAGUGCUUGCUGGGAAUGGAAAAGGAGCAUGAAAUAGAAAUCAAUGGCACCGACACAUUGUGGGGAGAAACAGCUCUCACGGCUGCUGCAGGAAGAGGGAAACUGGAUGUCUGCGAGCUAUUGCUGGAGCAUGGAGCUGUUGUGUCUCGGACUAACAGGAGAGGGGUCCCACCUUUGUUUUGUGCAGCACGACAGGGGCAUUGGCAGAUUGUGAGGUUGCUUCUGGAGUGCGGCUGUGAUGUGAACCUGAGUGACAAGCAGGGACGGACGCCCCUUAUGGUGGCUGCAUGUGAAGGGCACUUAAGCACCGUGGAAUUUCUUCUUUCAAAAGGUGCUGCCCUUUCUUCUCUGGACAAAGAGGGUCUGUCAGCGUUAAGCUGGGCUUGUCUGAAAGGUCACAGGACAGUGGUUCAGUAUCUAGUUGAAGAAGGAGCCGCAAUAGACCAGACAGACAAGAAUGGCCGCACUCCUUUGGACCUGGCAGCCUUCUAUGGGGAUGCAGAGACAGUGCUGUACCUGGUGGAGAAAGGUGCUGUGAUUGAGCACGUGGACCACAGCGGCAUGCGUCCCCUGGACAGAGCCAUUGGCUGUCGAAACACAUCUGUAGUGGUGACACUACUGAGAAAAGGAGCCAAAUUAGGAAAUGCUGCUUGGGCGAUGGCCACGUCCAAACCUGAUAUUUUGAUUAUACUUCUACAGAAAUUAAUGGAGGAAGGAAAUGUGAUGUACAAAAAAGGGAAGAUGAAAGAAGCAGCCCAGAGGUACCAGUAUGCCUUAAGGAAGUUUCCUCGAGAAGGAUUCGGAGAGGACAUGAGGCCAUUCAAUGAAUUAAGAGUCUCUCUCUAUCUCAAUUUGUCUCGCUGCCGAAGAAAAACAAAUGACUUUGGCAUGGCAGAAGAAUUUGCUUCCAAGGCUCUGGAAUUGAAACCCAAGUCCUAUGAAGCCUUUUAUGCCAGGGCAAGAGCAAAGAGAAAUAGCAGGCAGUUUGGGGCAGCUCUGGCUGACUUGCGGGAAGCUGUGAAACUCUGUCCCACCAAUCAGGAAAUCAGGAGGCUGCUGGCCCGCGUGGAAGAGGAGUGCACACAGCUCCAGAGGAGCCAGCAGCUGAAGCAGCAGGGCCCUCCCCCAGCCCCACCCAAUGAUUCAGACAACGAAGAGGAUGCCUCAGCCCCAGGUUUACAUGACCACUUUCAUCCUGAAGAGGCCAAAGAGGAAGAAACCUCUCCCCAGGAAGAAUCCCCUUCCCUGACUCCAAAGCCUCAGCCAUCCUCAUCUGCCCUCUCCCCGUAUAUCCGAACCCUUCAGGAAGGCCUCCAGUCCAAAGUAAGGCCCGCAUCACCACAGAACAGGCCAGCAGUCAUCAGCAAGCCCCUGCGGGAGCCGGUAGCUCAGCCUGGGUUUAUGCAGCCCACCAAGCAGGCACAGAUAGUGAAAACCAACCAGCAUCUGGGUUCUGGACAGUCUGGCAUGAAAAAUGGUAGCACAAAGAUUCAGGUGUCUUCUCAGAAUCCUCCCCCAAGUCCCAUGCCAGCUAGAAUCCCUCUAACUCCUGCUGGUAACAGAAACCAGCAUUUAGAGGGGACAAGUACUUUCACUGUGGGAGCCAGUCCUGGCCCUUUUGGGGAUCGGCUAGGUCCUGGCCAAAAUGUCCAGCUGCAGCGCUGUGACAGUGGCACUGCAUGCCCUUUGCCAAGCAAGAUAAAAACUGCAGAGAGGCUUCUGUCUCAUCCCUCCAUGGCUGGAGAUGUAGCCCCUCCAAACCAAGGUGGGCCUAUGAGCUGCAGUGACAUGCGACACCCAGCUUCCCUUGCCAGCUCAGGCUCUUCUGGUUCUUCAUCGAGCAGCAUAAAAAUGUCAAGUUCAACCAGUAGUUUGACUUCAAGCAGCAGCUUUUCAGAUGGCUUCAAGGUCCAAGGACCAGAUGCUCGAAUUAAAGACAAAAUUGUUAGCCAGGUUCAGAGUGGUGCAGGUGAGCACAGACCACGGAAUACUCCUUUCAUGGGCAUCAUGGAUAAGACUGCAAGGUUCCAACAGCAGAGCAAUCCUCCCAGCCGCACCUGGCACUGUCAGGUGGCAGAGGGGCUACUGGCAAACACAUCAUCUGCAGCUGGCCUGCAGUCCUCAAACUCUGAGAAGCCUUCCCUCAAACAAGUAGGGGGUUAUAAUAAUCAAGCCAAAACCUGUUCUGUUUCUACUGUGGGUGGGAGUGUCCACAAUGGGGCACAAGUAAAGGAACUAGAAGAAAAGAAGUGCCAAAUUCCGGUCCACUGUCAAGAUAGCAGGGUAACUAAGACUGUUUCUCACCUGUAUCAGGAAAGUCUCUCUAAACAGCAACCUCAUAUCAGCAGUGAAGCCCACAGGAGUCACCUUGCUGCCGCGAAACCAAAGCGAUCAUUCAUAGAAUCAAAUGUGUGA